CACAAUGAUAUUCAUUUAUGUAAAAUCAUUGUUCUGCUACUUCAGAACGAAAAUACUGCAAUCAGAGAAAAGGCAGCGGAAUUGUGCAGUCACUGGGUUAAUCUGAAGGUUGCUGCUCUGAAUCCACAGAUUGUAUUGUGGUGGUUUGUGGAUCGCUCUCCUGAACUCAAAGAUAUUAUGCAAAAACAUGGUAGCUUCGAUAGCAACGAACACAAUCAGUUAUUUGAUCCUUGUGCUUCAAAUCCGUAUGCCGAAGCCGUUCCUUUAGGUAUCAAAUAUUUAAAGGGCAUAGAACGGUUAGUUGCAUAA